AUGGCGGCGGCUGAGGACAGUACCGCCGAGGCGGACUCAGUAGACCGGGAGCCUCAGGAAUCAGCGCCAACUUUGGCAAGCCAGUGGCGACGAGUAGAAAACUGUGAGGAAGGUCGAGAGCGGCCUCUGCGUCCUGGAGAGAGCUGGUUCCUUGUAGAGCAGCACUGGUAUAAACAGUGGGAAAUGUAUGUGCAAGGAGGGAACCAGGACUCUAGCACCUUCCCAGGCUGCAUCAACAAUGCUGAACUCUUUGAAGAUCAGGUGAACUGGCGCCUUAAAGAGUGGCUGGUGGAAGGUGAGGACUAUGUGCUUCUCCCAGAGGCUGCUUGGCACCAGCUAGUGAGUUGGUAUGGUCUGAAGCAUGAUCAACCACCUAUUGAACGCAAGGUCGUGGAGCUUGCCAGCAUGCGAAAGGUUGAGGUUUACCCAUUAGAGCUUCUUCUUGUCCAUCACAGUGACAUGAACACACUUCAUGAAGCUCAGUUUAGCCACACAGACACUGUUGACCUUGUAUUGCGCACAGCUCGGGAGCAGUUUCUUGUGGACCCUGAGGAAGAGACGCGACUGUGGAUCAAGAACUCGGAUGGCUCUUUUGAACAUUUGCACAAUACACAUGACACUGUGCUUGACAUCUGCCUCAGGCCUAGGCAGGUAGUGAUCAUGGAGACCCGAGACAAAGAUGGCACUUGGCCUAGUGAAAAGCUGCACUGCAUGAGGAGCAUUUUGGAGGAUGAUGAGGACUUUGAGGGCCAGCCAGGUGUCUGUGGCCUCACCAAUCUGGGCAACACAUGCUUCAUGAAUUCGGCCCUGCAGUGCCUCAGCAAUGUACCACAGCUCACUGAGUACUUCCUCAACAACCGGUACCUGGAGGAGCUCAACUUCUGCAACCCUCUGGGCAUGAAAGGUGAGAUCGCACAGGCCUAUGCAGACCUGGUGAAGCAGGCAUGGUCAGGCCACCACCGCUCCAUCGUACCCCACAUAUUCAAGUCCAAGGUUGGACAUUUUGCAUCCCAGUUUCUGGGAUACCAGCAACAUGAUUUACAGGAGUUCCUAUCUUUUCUCCUGGAUGGGCUGCAUGAGGACCUCAAUCGGGUCAAGAAGAAGGAAUAUGUGGAACUAUGUGAUGCCUCUGGGCGGUCAGAUCAGGAGGCUGCUCAGGAGGCCUGGCAAAACCACAAACGGUGGAAUGAUUCAGUGAUUGUGGACACUUUCCAUGGCCUCUUCAAGUCCACACUGGUGUGCCCUGAUUGUGGCAAUGUGUCCGUGACCUUUGAUCCCUUCUGCUACCUCAGUGUCCCACUGCCUGUCAGCCAUGACAGGAUCCUGGAGGUCUUCUUUGUAUCCAUGGAUCCGAAGCUCAGACCAGAGCAGCACCAGCUUGCGGUUCCCAAGAAAGGCAAAAUCUUUGAUCUGUGUGUGGCUCUCUCCGAACACAUAGGUGUCUCUCCAGGCAGGAUGAUGGUAGCCAAUGUUUUCCGUCACCGUUUUUACAAAAUUUACCAGGUAGAGGAAUCUCUGAGUGGCAUCCUAGACCGAGAUGAUAUCUUCAUAUACGAGGUGUCAGAUAGGCCUGGGAAAAGUGAGGGCACGGAAGAGGACAUUGUACUUCCUGUCUACCUGCGGGAACGCACUCCAGCCCAGGACUAUGAUGACUCUUACCAUGGCCUAAUGCUCUUUGGGUAUCCACUCCUGGUGUCAGUGCCCCGGGACCAACUCACCUGGGAUAGCUUGUAUCACAUUCUACUGCAUCGGCUCUCACGCUAUGUGACGAGGCCCAACUCAGAUGAUGAGGACAGUGGAGAUGAGAAAGAUACAGAAGAGAAAGACAAUAUCUCUAAGGCAGGGAAGACAGCAGGGGACAGUCCCCAGGACCCUGAUCCGGAACAUACCAGGGCCAGGUCUAGAGUCUGGGGUGGGAGGCAGGCCCCCUCAGGCAGCUCCCCUGGCCCAUCUCGACCACCACGCAAGCUGCUGUUCACCCUGCAGACAGUGAAUUCCAAUGGCACCAGUGACUGUUCAGCCAUCAGUGAGGAUGGCCAGAGAGUCUCCUUCAGCUCCCAGCCAUACAUUGCCAUUGACUGGGAGCCAGAGAUGAAGAAGCGUUACUAUGAUGAGGUGGAGGCUGAGGACUUUGUGAAGCAUGACUGCAUAGGAUAUGUUCUGAAGAAAUCUCCGGUGUGGUUGCAGGAGUGUAUUGAACUCUUCACUACUGUGGAGACUCUGGAGGAAGAAAACCUAUGGUACUGCCCCACUUGCAAGCAACACCAGCUGGCCACAAAGAAGCUGGACCUGUGGAUGCUGCCUGAAACUCUCAUUAUUCACCUGAAGCGCUUUUCCUACACCAUGUUCUCCUGCAAGAAACUGGAGACCCUUGUGGAGUUCCCUAUUCGAGACCUGGAUUUUUCUGAGUUUGUCAUCAAACCACAGAGUGAGUCGGAUCCGGUGCUGUACAAAUACGAUCUGAUUGCAGUAUCAAACCAUUAUGGUGGCUUGCGUGAUGGACACUACACAACAUUUGCCCGCAACAAAGACAGUGGACAGUGGCAUUACUUUGAUGACAACAGUGUUUCACCUGCGGCUGAGAGCCAGAUGAAGUCAAAAGCAGCUUAUGUUCUCUUCUAUCAACGCCAAGACACAGCACAGUGCUUCUCAUCUCCUCCUGCACCUGGCCCCAAAGCAUCACCCGCCCAGGGGUUCCUGUCAUGUUCUGAGUCAGUGGAUGUGGACUAA